AUGUCGUCAGAAGCAGGUGUGUCCGAUACUAUAUCAUCAACUAUAACUCCUCAAACGAAAGAAAAAGAGAUGUCGAGUUCACCAUUCAUACCUCUGACAGUAGUUUUGGCUAAGGUCAAGGGCUAUCCUCCUUGGCCAGCUAUGGUGCUAGACGAAAGCAUAUUACCGGAUAAUUUAAUGGAAAAGAAACCAAAAUCAAUCAAGAAGCAAUCAAAAAAAAAGAAUUCCAAGCCAAUUGAGAUUUUACCAGUCAGGUUUUUCAGCGAUGAUACUUAUAUUUGGAUCAAAAAUCAAGAACUCAAACUACUUAAUGAUGAUCAGAUUGAGAAAUAUUUAUCUGUCGAUAGGAAAAGGAGAAAAGAUCAGCUAUUAUACAGAGCAUACAAGCUAGCGAAGGAUCCUCCAGAGAUGGAGAAUUUUGUGCGAUAUGGCUCGAGAGGCAAGCUGAACUCGAAAAAUAAAGCUGAAGACGAUGGGCAAGAAGAUGAAAAUGAAGAAGAGGAGGAAGCGGUCGAUGGGAUGGAUGAAGAAGAUAUCAGAAAUGAUGUAUUAGAAGACGAUGAAGAGGAAGAGGAGGACGAUUACCAGCCUUCUAAAAAAAGGCAAAAGAAACUGGCACCAAGUAAAACAAAAGCAAAGGGAAGUAAGAAAGUUUCCUCGAGUAAGCAAACUAAACCUGAAAAGAAAACGGAGCCAAAAGAUUCGUCUUUAGAAGGAUAUGACUCAGAUUGGGGCUUGGAUGAAAUAGCUUAUGACUAUGAUAAAGGGAAUUUCAUCUUCGAAAACGAGAGGCAGCAAGAAGAUUUCAUUAAUAAUUUUCCAGCAAGUUCUAAAAUUCAACAAGACUUUGCGAAAAACGCUACUCAAUUCAGUGAUCUAAAUAAUAAUUUGUGUUAUGAGUUACUAUUAAAUGAUGAUGAAAUGAAUGAAACGGAGGUAAUAAAGAACUUGAACGUUCUUGACUCGAAACUUAAAACAUUGCCUAAGUCUUUGAUGAUGAAAAGCAGGCUAUUUAAGGUCUUGAUUUUAAUAAUAAGGAAACCAUUAGAGCAGUAUCCCCAUGAAGAUAUAAAGCGGUGUAUUUCUAGGAUUUUGAAUCGUUGGUUCCAACUUUCUGUAACAACAAAUACUGUGGAUGAGUUAAAGCAGAUUGAAGAUGAAUUGAAUAAUAAGAGUUCCAAGGCUCCUAGUCUGGAACCUAUCGAAGAGACCUCACAUGACAUGCAUUCUAAAGAAAAUUCAUUUGCUCAAAAUGGCGAUCCAAAUAGGCAUGAGAGCCCCAAGGCCCCUGAAACAAAAAUAGAAGAAGAUAGCAUGCACGCCAUAGAGCCUCUGAUAGUGUCUAAUGGCUUUUGA